GAGGAGGAGGAAGAGGAGGGGUGAGGCGGGUGAGGCAGACGGUCCCUGAUCCACCGGUGUCAUGGCUUCCUAACCAGAGAGGGAAGUGAUUGAUUGAAAAGGAAAACAAGGAUAUAUUUUUCAGCGGCUGGUCGUCCUCGCCCCUCGUCGCAGAGAGCCGCGCUCGUCCCCGCGGAUCCAGCUCUCGCGGGUACGCGCUCGCCUCCACGCCGCCAGUGUCGCCUCCUCGUCCAGCGGGAAGAUGGCCGACCCGGCGGAGUGCACCAUCAAAGUGAUGUGCCGCUUCAGGCCGCUCAACAGCUCCGAGGUGUCCCGCGGAGACAGAUACAUCCCCAAGUUCCAGGGGGAGGAGAACGUGGUGAUCGGGGGUAAACCAUACAUGUUUGACAGAGUGUUUGCGUCAAAUACAACACAAGAACAAGUCUACAAUGCCUGUGCCCAAAAGAUUGUAAAAGAUGUUCUUGAGGGAUACAAUGGAACUAUUUUUGCUUAUGGACAGACAUCAUCUGGCAAAACACACACCAUGGAGGGGAACCUCCAUGACACAGACGCAAUGGGCAUCAUCCCCAGAAUAGUGCAAGAUAUCUUCAACUACAUCUAUUCCAUGGAUGAAAACCUGGAAUUUCAUAUCAAAGUUUCGUAUUUUGAAAUCUACUUAGACAAGAUCCGAGAUCUUUUGGAUGUGUCAAAGACCAAUUUAUCAGUUCAUGAAGACAAAAACAGAGUACCCUACGUCAAGGGCUGCACUGAAAGAUUCGUCUGCAGCCCUGAUGAAGUGAUGGAUACAAUUGAUGAAGGCAAAUCUAAUAGACAUGUAGCAGUCACAAACAUGAACGAGCACAGCUCCAGGAGUCACAGUAUCUUCCUGAUUAAUGUUAAGCAGGAGAACACUCAGACAGAGCAGAAACUCAGUGGAAAGCUAUACCUGGUGGAUCUUGCUGGUAGUGAAAAGGUCAGUAAAACGGGUGCCGAGGGAGCUGUGCUGGACGAAGCCAAGAACAUCAACAAGUCCCUGUCAUCGCUGGGAAAUGUCAUCUCGGCACUGGCUGAGGGAACGCCCUACAUCCCUUACAGAGACAGUAAGAUGACCCGUAUCCUUCAGGAUUCACUGGGUGGUAAUUGUCGAACCACCAUUGUCAUCUGCUGCUCACCUUCCUCCUAUAAUGAGGCUGAAACCAAAUCCACCCUGAUGUUCGGACAAAGAGCAAAGACCAUCAAGAACACUGUAACAGUGAAUGUUGAGCUGACGGCGGAGCAGUGGAAGCAGAAGUACGAGAGGGAGAAGGAGAGGAACAAGACUCUGAGGAACACCAUCACGUGGUUGGAGAACGAGCUGAACCGCUGGAGGAAUGGUGAGAAUGUGCCAGUGGAAGAGCAGUUUGACAAGGAGAAGGCCAACGCCGAAGUUCAGGCCCUGGACAACAUAAUCAACGACAAACCUGCCUCCACGCCCAACGUACCCGGUGUCCGCCUCACCGAUGUGGAGAAGGACAAGUGCGAGGCUGAACUGGGGAAGCUUUACAAGCAGCUGGACGAUAAGGAUGAGGAAAUUAACCAGCAGAGCCAGCUGGCCGAGAAGCUGAAGCAGCAGAUGCUGGACCAGGAGGAGCUCCUUGUCUCCUCCCGCCGCGAUCACGAGAACCUCCAGGCUGAGCUGAACCGCCUCCAGGCCGAGAAUGAGGCCUCCAAGGAGGAGGUGAAGGAGGUGCUGCAGGCUCUGGAGGAGCUGGCUGUCAACUACGAUCAGAAGAGCCAGGAGGUGGAGGACAAGACCAAGGAGUUCGAGGCCAUCAGUGAGGAGCUCAGCCAGAAGUCUUCCAUCUUGUCAUCUCUGGAUUUGGAGCUCCAGAAGCUCAAAGAGAUGUCCAACCACCAGAAGAAGAGGGUCACUGAGAUGAUGUCGUCACUGCUUAAAGACUUGGCUGAGAUCGGCAUCGCCGUCGGCAGCAAUGACAUUAAGCAACAUGAGGGUGGCAGCGGGCUAAUAGACGAGGAGUUCACAGUGGCCCGUCUGUACAUUAGUAAGAUGAAGUCAGAAGUGAAAACGAUGGUGAAGCGCUGCAAACAGCUGGAGGGUGUUCAGUCAGAGAGCAACAAGAAGAUGGACGAGAAUGAAAAAGAGUUGGCUGCCUGUCAGCUACGCAUCUCCCAGCAUGAGGCAAAAAUCAAGUCCCUGACCGAGUACCUGCAGAAUGUGGAGCAGAAGAAGAGGCAGCUGGAGGAGAACGUGGACUCUCUCAACGAGGAGCUUGUGAAGCUCAGUGCUCAGGAGAAAGUUCAUGCUAUGGAGAAAGAAAAUGAGAUCCAGACUGCCAAUGAAGUCAAGGAAGCAGUGGAGAAGCAGAUCCACUCCCACCGUGACGCUCACCAGAAGCAGAUCAGCGGCCUGAGAGACGAGCUGGACAACAAGGAGAAACUCAUCACGGAGCUGCAGGAUUUGAACCAGAAGAUCAUGCUGGAGCAGGAGAGGCUCAGAGUGGAGCACGAGAAACUCAAAUCCACUGACCAGGAGAAGAGCCGCAAGCUGCACGAGCUUACGGUGAUGCAGGACAGGCGGGAGCAGGCCAGGCAGGACCUGAAAGGUCUGGAGGAGACAGUGGCCAAAGAGCUGCAGACUCUGCACAACUUGAGGAAACUCUUCGUUCAAGAUUUGGCCACCAGAGUGAAAAAGAGUGCUGAGAUGGACUCGGAUGACACAGGGGGGAGCGCCGCACAGAAACAGAAAAUAUCCUUUCUUGAGAACAAUCUUGAGCAGCUCACCAAGGUUCACAAACAGCUGGUUCGUGACAAUGCAGACCUUCGCUGUGAGCUUCCAAAACUUGAGAAGCGUCUUCGAGCUACGGCUGAGCGGGUCAAGGCCUUGGAAUCUGCUCUGAAGGAAGCCAAGGAGAACGCUGCACGUGACCGCAAGCGCUACCAGCAGGAGGUGGACCGCAUCAAGGAGGCCGUGAGGGCCAAGAACAUGGCCAGGAGGGGCCAUUCGGCUCAGAUCGCCAAGCCGAUCCGGCCCGGCCAGCAGCCGGUGGCGUCUCCCACCCACCCCAACUUCAAUCGCACCGGCGGAAGCUUCUACCAGAACAGCCAGGCGGUUUCCAUCAGGGGGGGAGGCAACGUCAAGCCCGACAAGAAUUGAAGAGCAGUGGGACAGAAGAACACCAUCACAGAAGAAGCCAACAUCACCUGCCCACCCGCCCAGACAACCUGUCAUUCCAUUACAGCAAACGGGCUCCUGUUGCAGCUUCGGAGCCGCGAAGGAGUUUCUGAAUUAUAAAUAUAUAUAUAUAAAUAUUCCUGGCCUGUACAGCUCCAGCCCCCAAAUCCCCACACUUUCCACUUGUUCUCAUUAUGAAUUAUCUCUUCUUUUUCUCAUACAAAAUAUAAUUUAAAAAAAAAAGGAAGCUUAUUUUAAUUUACAAAAAGGCAGAGUAAUAUUCUUGUUCACUGAACCAAACGCAGUCAUGAACGCAGCCUUGGCGAGCGAAACCGCGUGCGAUUCGAAUGUGUAGCUUCGGUUUCGUUUUUGUUUUGCACAGUCUGUCAUCCGUGGUCUUUUGUGCGAGUAGUUCAGCACUGUGCCAAGCUGAAUGUAACGGUAGCAAGAUCCGAGAAAAAUAUAUAAAAAUUAACACUUAAAAGAAAAUACCAAAAAACAAAAAAAAUGAAGAGGAGACCCUACCACGAGAAAUAGCUUGACCCUUGUAGGCUAACCUCUGUAUAUUUCAUUAUAUUUGGUUGUUAACCACACUUUUCUCUGGAUAGAUUUUACAUGCUUCUUAAAGGAAAAAAAAAAACACCAAAAAAAAAACCAAGCGGUUGGGUUUUGAAUUGACUAGAGGGCGUCGAGCACUGCUGUUCUGUCCAGUUGUUGUACAGAUGUAGAGUCGGCCGUACCGCACACGUUUCUUUGCUGAGAAAGUUGUUAGGAGACGACAGCAAGCGGCUAAAACGAAGGAUUAAAAAAAACAAACAUAAGGGCCGGGAUGUGCGCCAGCUUAGAUGUAUUUAACUGAAUACCUGUGGAGGCCAAUUGUUUUUAUCAUUAAGUUAAAAAUAAAUGCUAUAUUCAUGACUGGUGGUUUCAUCAGACGGAAGUGAAGAAUGUAGAAGGAAAAGAGGAGAAAAAGAAAAGAGGAGAAUGAUCCGACAAACACGACAAACUUCCACCUUUUUAGCCUAUGCUAAGUAGUUAAAUGUAUUGUUUUUACUUUGGUCGGUGGUUUAAUCAUGCUGUUAACGGACACUAUUUAUCUCUCCGCACACGGGAGCACGUAGCCUGCAGGCGUAGACGCAAACCUCGUCCUGUCCAGCCGGGUCCCUGCCACUCGUCCCACUCAUCCCAAACCUGACGUGUCAUGAAUUCUUCUUUUUUCAAGGGUGCCUCGCUUCUUCAUUUGUCUUCUCCCACCCACCCCCCCAUUCUGUUGUUUCUAAUAGAUUUAACGCCUGUGUUACGCUGGGUUUUAUGUACUGUAUCUUUUAUUGUUCUAGAGAUGGUGUAGAUUUUUUUCUGUUUUUCUUCUGAAGGAAGGGCGACUGUGUCGGUUGAUGGCUCAGACCUUUGCCGCUGAUCUGACAGUCAGGGAGAGCAGGGUCUGAAAUUGCACAAUAAAUCUUGUCGUCAUGUGGAGGAAAGGUUUCUUUAACUAAAUCUAGUCAGGGGGAGGGGGUGUAAGAUUUGUUUUGUGUUUGGGGUUUUUCUUUUGUCAAAUAUUUUUUUCAUCUUGAUUCCCACCACAUCUUUUUUUUGUUUUGUUUUGUUUUUUAAGCCCUGUGAAGCCCCAGUGCAUUGGCAAACAGCUUAUUGUGAUUGUAAGCCCGGCAUGAGAACACUAACAUCUUGUGCAAGUGCAAUAUACUGUAAAUUACACUGUAUAUCAGUCGAGCGGCAGGUGAGAUCAGGGUGUAUUUGCAGCAGUGGUCCCGCCACACCUCUUCUGUUAGCUUUUCUUACACUGGCUUUUGGUUCUCAGUGUAUUUUCUUAUUGAAGGCUUCUUUCGUCGCUCUUUCUGAAAAGCUGAAACAUGAUAGAUAUAUAUAUAUAUAUAUAUAUAUAUAUAUAUAUAUAUAUAUAUAUAUAUAUAUAUAUAUAUAUAUAUAUAUAUAUAUAUAUACAUACUUUUUUUGUUUUUCUUCCAGUGGAUAGUAGAGCUUGUGUGCGGAAGUUCAGAAAGAUGGAUCAAAGAAUCCUCCAUUAACAGGAUACCGUAUUUAACCAGGACCGGUGCAGCAAAUCCAGCUCAAAAAGAAAAGACGGGGGGGGUUGGAUUUAUCCAAAAGGUGUCAUAUUAAAACCUGUUUUGUCAGAACAAGAAACUUGGGUUUAAUAGCGCUUCUUCACAGUAUCUGCACUCAGAAAAGAUAAACACUCCAUGUGUGGCUGCAUAUGAACGGAGGUCGAUAAGAAGUUUCCAAAGCCCUGCGGAGGAACCGCUUGUUGAGAUCAAGUAAACGGAAAUCAUAGUCGGUAGGAGUAGUGGCUCCUCGCUCGUAUACGACAGGACAGUGUUUGGUGUCUUUCUAGACGUCUGUGUAACUUUCUAGAUUAGUGAAGACUUUGCAGCAUGGACCUCAAAAUGUUUAUCCUCGGACCUUCCAUCAAAACUGGAUAUGAAAUGGGGAGGGGCAUAGUAAAUGAGUACAGCUAAGAAUUCUUGUGGUGUGUACCUUUAAUUAAAUUUUUCCAUUAAUUCUAAAUUAAAAAAAACAAAAACAAAAGUGUAGCCACUUUUUUUUAUUACUGUGUAAUAGUUGGUCAAUUUUAAAGGGCAGUUUUGGGGAUCCAUCAAUGGACUAGGUACUGGAUCAUUCCUGGAGAACUGGGGCACAAGUAGCGGGGCUCUGAUUAUGGACGGAGACGGGACGUUAAUGAGGUCACAGUUUUGGAUUGACUGCAUGAUGUAAAUGUAUGUGUGAUUAAAUAAUCAUGAGAAACACUGUC